UUUGAGGCACUUCUGGAUCUUCUGUGAAUCUAUAAAACUACUAAUUUAUGUGAAAAGACAAAUAAAAGUAUAACCGGUAAUGUUCUUACUUUGGGCUGUGUUUUGAUUCAUCCCCCCAUUUCUGAGGUUGCUGCAUUUGUGAGAAUAGAGUCCCCUCUGUGGAACGUUAUGAAACCAGGGAGAUUUAAUAUGUAAUGGAUUUCUAAUCCUUCCAAAUUGGGAUUAGCAGGUGUUGCAAAGGAUCCUGUAAGAGGACUGUGAAUUUAGGCUGGUGCAAACACUGAGGAACCCUCAGAGCAGAUCGACUACCACGACAGAAAGGUCUGCACACUGAAAAACCUGCGAGUCCUGCACUGGAGAGCAGUGCAGCUGCACCGUUUCAGUAAAAUCCGGUGAAAUCGUCAUCGCUGCGGUGAAACGGGAACUUGUUCACGGGUACAGUUGGAGGAACAUCAUAACUUCCCUCAUAUCGAGUUCACUCUACCUGAGAGAUGUCGAGCACCACUGUUGACAGUGUAGGAAUAGAGUCCAUUAAAUUGUCAAAGGAUCAUAAAAAGCCGACAGCAGCUGCACUGAAAGGUGCCAUCCAGCUGGCCAUCGGCUUCGCUGUGGGAAAUCUCAGCUCCAAACCAGACCGAGAUGUCCUCAUGCAGGACUUCUCUGUGGUGGAGAGCGUUUUCCUGCCCAGUGAGGGCAGCAACCUGACUCCUGCACAUCACUUCCCAGAUUUCCGUCUGAAAACGUAUGCGCCGCUCGCCUUUCGUUACUUCAGAGAGCUGUUUGGCAUCAAACCGGAUGACUAUUUGUAUUCCAUCUGUAAUGAGCCUCUGAUCGAGCUGUCAAACCCGGGGGCCAGCAGUUCCUGGUUCUACCUGACCAGCGACGAUGAGUUCAUCAUUAAGACGGUGCAGCCUAAAGAGGCCGAGUUCCUGCAGAAACUGCUGCCUGGUUACUACAUGAACCUGAAUCAGAACCCAAGAACGUUGCUGCCCAAGUUUUACGGCCUUUACUGCAUCCAAUGUGGAGGCGUGACCAUCCGCAUGGUGGUGAUGAACAAUGUGCUUCCGCGCGCCAUCAAGAUGCACUACAAGUACGACCUGAAGGGCUCCUCGUACAAAAGGCGUGCCUCACGCAAGGAGCGAGCCAAGUCCUCACCCACAUUCAAAGACCUGGACUUCCACGAGAUGCAUGAGGGCCUGUACUUCAAUGCAGAGACCUACAAUGCCCUGAUGAAGACCCUGCAGCGGGACUGUCGGGUUCUGGAGAGCUUUAAGAUCAUGGACUACAGUCUGCUGCUGGGAAUCCAUGUUCUGGACCGGAGGCCUCUUUGCAGGGGAAACCGCUGCGACAGCAGGAAAGGACAGAAAGUCCUCUACUCCACCGCCCGCGAGUCCAUCCAGGGGAACGUGAAGGAUCCCGAACCCGUGACUGAUGAUGAUACUUUGGGAGGAAUCCCGGCUAAACAUAAGGAUGAAAAUCUCCUCAUCUUUUUGGGAAUCAUUGACAUCCUUCAGUCGUACAGGUUCAUUAAGAAGGUGGAACACUCCUGGAAAGCUCUUGUACAUGAUGGGGACACUGUGUCAGUUCACAGGCCCAGUUUUUACGCAGACAGAUUUCUGAAAUUUAUGAGUUCAGCUGUAUUCAAGAAGAUCCACCCUCUGAGAGGAGCGUCAUCGAAGAGGAAGAGGAAUUCUGUACACGCGCUGAGAUCCGCCUCACAGGAGUUCCUCUCCCCAUUGAAAGAGGAGGCGGAGGAGAAGAAGGCUCAAAGCAUGGACAACUUGGAUAGCAAUGUAGUUUUCACUUCUGGCAAGCAGCCUGACCUGGUUCCAAAACCUGGUGCGUCUUUCGAGUCAAAAAUGGGUGAUGAAGAGGACGCUGCUAAUAGUGAAGAUCGACGAGAUUCUAACUCCACCAUCGCGUUGGAUGACAUUCUGCCGCCACUCAGCAGAAGCCAAUCAGACUCUGAACUGGACGUCUAUUUGACCAAACAGUGACGCUGCCUCUCCAGUUGGCCCCAUCUCUGCAGGCGAAUGACCUUUGACCUGUUGCUUCUACAACAUUGAAACAUUACCACUUACAAUUGUCGCAUUUUCCAUUGUGUUAUUACUCCAUGCCCUUUUUUUUUCUUCUUUUCUUUAGUUUUGGUUCAAACAAAAUGAGCCAUAUCAGUUAUUUGUGUUGUAUUUUGGUGACAAUUGUGAAUGCGUGUUUAAAAAUCUGUGUUUUAGUGAAGAAACACUACAAAGCUCCUCGUGCGUCUGCUGACUUUGCUGCUAAUUUAACACCAAUGAUCUCAACAAAAAAAAUGUUUGUGCCUUUUUAAAUUUCAGUUGCUUUUUUUAUUUCUCAGUGGCUGGAUCUCUGAGAAGGUUAAAAUCUCCUUUUACUCUAAGAAAAAUAUUUUGUUGUUUCACAUCAUGUGUUUGUAUAGCGACGUUUUCUGAGAAUGUGUUCUACAGUAACUGAUUUUAAUGUGCAGCGCGAUCUGGUGAUUCUUUCACAAAGUGUUUCUUAUACUACAUGUGAUCCUCUACUCGGUGCUGUUAAAGUGCCAUUAUUCAAACAAAGCAGUAUAUUAAUUUAUUUAAUGCCAUUUUUAUUCAUACAUUCUGAAUCAGUAAAUGUAAAUUAACCUAAAUAAAGGUUGUACUCAUAUUUCCAAA